AUGAUAGGAAAAAGUUUCUUUUCGUUGUUAAAUUUGAAUUUAUGGCUUGGCAGCGCUGUUUUUCCGGGUGUGGAUAUACCAGGUAUACAUCUCUCUCUACCUUUAGUACACGUCGCUCUUAGUGGCGAUCUACAAGUCCAAAUUAUUGCAUCAUCGUUUCCACCUUUGCUGAUGCAACUUUCCCGAUUAGAAGGAAACGCAGUGAGACCGCUGACGACUUUUCCAAUAUUUCCUAAAGCAACUGAGAUUCCGAAUAAUAUCAGCGUCAAUAUACCAUGCGGAUAUUUUUCUAGAGAAGGAUUGUAUUACAUUGUGAUCAAAAAACAGCCUAUAGGUUGGAAGAAUUCGACUUAUUAUGAUCCUGAAGAAGAUUCAAUAACUAGUAGAAGCUUAGAUGUUCGAUGGCCCAUUGCAAAGUUAUCUAUUAGUUCAGAAAAUUUAGAAACUUAUCCAGAUCAUCCUGUCGAAGCCACUUUGGAAUAUCCUGAUGUAAAAUGUUUUCCUGACGAAGAAAAUAAUGCUGAAAUUUCAAUUCCUGAAUUUUCCUUAGCCUUACAUUUUUGCGGAGACUCUUUGCUUACAUGCAAAAUGUAUUCAGAUCAAAAUAUUACUCAGAUGGUGUACUCCGAAAAAGUUCGUGGAUUUCCAAGUCUCCGUAUAAUCACACUGAACUGCUAUUUAUUUGGAUUAGCUGGAUAUUACGCUUUAUUCUUGAAGCCCUCGAGUUCUUCAAUCGAUCUUUCGUAUACACCAGCUUAUCUCAAGGUAAACUGGAGCGACCAAUUUGUCUUUAACGUCCACGCAACCAGCAUUUUCCCUUGUGACGUUCACAGCGGUGGAAUACCAGUUCUUUUCGAGUAUCCAUCUUGUAUUCGGGAAAUUGGUGAUAAAAUAAGGCUUUACGCCAAGCUGAGAGCUAAUGUAGCAAGUCUUGAUCCACCUACGACAUUGGAAUACAUUGCUGAACAUAGAGUCGUAAGAGGACAACAUAGUCUAUAUUUUGAAUGUGAUUUAUUUACUGAACGCUAUGUGGAAUAUUGUUUCGUUUACGUUAGUCAAGCUAUAACUGGAACCAUGACUGAUAUUAGGAUGGAUUGUGUACCUACGUUGCCAGUUUCUGAUCAAGAAAGUGGUGGUUGGGGCCCGUGGAGUCAUUGGACACCUUGUACGAGUACAUGUUUCGGAGGAGUUAAAAGUCGUUACCGUUUCUGUGAUUCCCCUCCACCCAGAUAUGGUGCUAAAUUUUGUGAAGGUUCAGCAAUAGAAACCGAAAAAUGUGGAAACCAAUUCACAAGCAGCUGGAACUGUUUUUAUGGCGAGGGAAUAGGUAUGAUUAAAGACAUUAUAGCUGAAAUGCCAGAAGUACAAGAAGAGGUUGGAUCUUACUGCAGAUGCGGAUGUGUCGUCCAUUUAGGAAUGGCUAAACCAACGAGACUGCUAGCGUCGUCUUCGCAAAGCUGUCCUGGAAGAAACUUUUGGCUUAUUCAAGCAGAUCCAGACUCCGUGAUCCAAUUUCGUGUGCUGCAAUUCCGUCUCGUGUGCCGAACUCAGUCGCUGAAAAUUCGCGACGGAAAUGCCUUGUCGUCUAAUUUACUGGCUCAUUUAUCCAGUGCAUCUGACACCGUUUCAUUGUCCGUGAAUUCUACUGGGGCGAAUUUGCUGCUCGAAUUCUUUUCCACGGACACCGAUGACACGACCCACAUUUGCGGCGGCGGAUUUAUAGCCCAGGCCAACCAAAUGAUAACAGCAGGAAUAAAUAAUAUUACUGCAGUACCGGUAGCCCAAAACGUUGGAAUAAUUCCAGUGGUUAUUUUAAAACUUUCCGCUGUCCAUAUAGCCGCCAUCUUCUUUCUUGUUGGUCUUCUAUUAGCCACUAUUGUGUUGGGACUUCAGUACGUAUUUCGGUAUCGUAAAUAUCAAAUUGCUGAAGGUGAUGAUCAUGAUUCCGUCUCAAAUUAUUCAGGUGUUGGUGUACCUUUAGCCACCAGAGCCACUUCAAAUGCCACGCUCUUAUCGGAAGUAAUUUCUUUUACUAAAUUUCGACCGCAUUUGAAGUCGAGGAAUAAACAUGUUCGAUUAAGGGAGUCCGUCGACUGUGACACUCUUAAAGCUAACGAGGGAGCCACAUUGGCUAAAGAAGAAUCGCUCAGCAUUUGCAGUACUACCACCCUAACCCAAGACGAAGCGUUAACUAAAUCAGAUUCGCCUGAUAAAUCAGAGGAAAAUGAACAUACACCAAACUCGUCUGAAUCAAUUUCGAAUUUAAAGAGAUCUUCUACAGACGAAAGCGAUAAGGACAAAUCGGACGAAAAAGACGCAAUGUGUAAACAAAUUGAUGUGAGAACAGUUUUAACGAGAAGACCUAGUAAUAUUAGUAACUCCGCACUUACUAAUGGUUGCUAUUCGUCUGGAAAUACAAUGAUAAACAAAGCAACAAUAAAAAGUACGUCUAUUAAAGAGACCAAAGAAAAGAAAAAUCGUGAAAAACUUCUAGCCGGACCCACUGGAUCAGAUUUCUCACUAGCUGCUCAAGACAAUGAUUUGGAAUUGGAUUAUUAUGAUUACAAUGUAGUGAAUGCAGGAGCGGCUCCAGGCUCUUACUUAGGUAUGGAUCCAGCAUUUUUAGUAUGGAUUCCACCAUUAGACGAAGACGGAGAACUGUUUCCCGAAUACGAAAAAAGCGAAUAUCACGAAAUGACAGCCGUCAGGGAAUACGCGGAUCCCGGUAGUAACAAAGAAACUCCCGAAGAAGAGAUUUUACUUCCGAAACCUAAAACACAUAUACAUCACAGCGAACCUUCCCUUCCAAAGUUAAAAUACAAAUCGAGUAAUAAUUCUAAAACGCCGCAAGAUAUCGACAACAAAUUUGUGUCGGAAAUUCAACCACUCGUCCACAAACGGAUCGUCGAUUCCGAUAUAGCUAGCAUAUCCAAAAAACUUAAAGAAACAAAAAAAUAUAUUAGAGAAGAUAUGGAGAAAGAAACGGAAGUGGAAAAAUCGUUAGAUUUAGGAAACGUUGAUAAUAUUAAAUUUGUUGAUGACGAAGAGUUAACAGACUAUCCCGAAAAUCAGUGCAAUAAUAUGGACGUAGCAUAUCAAGGUUCAAAUUUUAAAUCUUCUAGUUAA